CAUGUGACGUCACAGACAAAGUGCGUUUGCUAGAGCGGGAUAAACAGUCGGCGAACAGAAGUUUUAGCAUUUUUCUGCAAACAGCCGAGGUUUAACACAACAGACAUGGAUUCACAUGUUGAAGCGGACUUACCACCUGCCCUGGCGUGUCUGAAAGGUGCUGACACUUUGCUCCGGUGUCCGAUCUGCUUCGACUUUCUCAGUAUUUCAAUGAUGACAAAAUGUUCCCAUAAUUUUUGUUCAUUAUGCAUCAGAAAAUUUCUGUCCUACAAGUUGCAGUGUCCAGUGUGCAAUACAGGAGCCACGGAGGAUGACCUGAGAAAUAACCGUAUAUUGGACGACUUGGUCUUGAGUUUUCGUGCUGCAAGGCAACAGUUGUCAAAAGUGACUUUUGACUCCCCUCCCAUCUCGCCAAAAACUCCAGCUUCAACUCUCAAAUGUAAAACCCCCAGAGAGAAGAGUCAAAGGGGCAACACCUCCAACCUGAGUCACUAUUUCCAACGGAGCUGUAAAGCAUCAGGACCACCGGCCGAGGAAUCGAUCUCCCAGCGAUCAAAGCGAGGAAAACUGCACGCCGCACACGCCCGUGAUGAAGACGACCCUCACCUACAUCCAGUGAACGCUUCAACUUCAACAGCUGUGAAGGAGGAGCCGAUGGAUGUGCAGGUCCACACUCCUACAGCGUCAGUGUCUCAGGGCCUCGCCCCAGAGAUGGAGAUCGCAAAUACUUCAUCUCCGUCAGAUGAUGUGAAGUCGGUUAUUAAAGUGGAGUGUCCUGUGUGUUCCGUCAGUGUGUCACAGCAGUUCAUCAACAAGCAUCUGGACAUGUGUCUGUCCAGCGGAGAGAAAAAGGAGAGCCUGAGAAGCUCAAUAGGAAAAGGCAGACGUCCAAUGAGCAAAUUGGUCUACAACCUGCUGUCCACGGCAGAGCUGAAGCGGAGGCUGAAGGAGUGUCACCUCUCAGUGCAGGGUUCACGAGACCAGAUGAUCAAACGACACAAGGAAUUUGUUCAUGUUUACAACGCUCAGUGCGAUUCCCUCAACCCAAAAUCAGCUGAAGAGAUUGCUAAAGAGGUGGAGACCAACGAGAAGAUCAAAAACCAACUGCAGUCAAAAGCCAAACCAGUCAUGGUGUUUACAAAGAAUACAACAGAGGAGGAAAUCAAUGAGAUGCAUUCAAAGUACAGGAAGCAGCACAGCAGCGACUUUUCCCGCCUUAUAGCCCAGGUCCGUGGCCGACUGGACGACAACAGACAAAGUGGCGUCAAACAGGAAGUGACUGUGGAAGGAGAGGAUGAAGAAAAGCCUCAGUCUACAGAGUCCAGGAGCAGUGAAGCGAUGGAGGCACAGGACGAGGUGGAGGCGUAUUCUGCCGCAGGGAUAAAGUUGUCAAUGAGUCCAACCUACAGUGAGGUGUCUGUGAGCAGUUCUAUUUCCGACAUAUUUGGACCAGAGUCUUCAACGGACUUCAAAGAGACUACCUCAGUCCUAAAUCCAACAUCCAGCUCCAGAGAGGAAAGUUCCGCUCCUUCACCUGUUCGGAGGAAACGUCAGCGUAAAUCAGAAGGAAAUAGAAAAGAACAGAAGAGGAAGAGAAGAAAGUCUCCGCGGGAACACGUGUCUGAGUGACUGCAGUGACUGCAGUGACUGCAGUGACUCAGGAACUCUGUGUAGAAUCGUCUCCAAGUUGUACUUUGUUGAAACUGAACGCUCUGUCUGUUUUAUUAAACAAUAAAUGUUUACGUAUUUUAGGA